UCAGCAGCAGCAGUGGCAUCUCGAUGAAACUGGAAAUAAAGUAGUAUAGUUUGACCUUUUUACAGCUCCAGACAUUUGUCCAAAAAUAAGGGCUGUUUUUUACAGUAGAGAGAGAGGAAAGUGGGAAGAAGGAUAUGUGGUGGAGUAUUCGAAGCCUUACAAAUAGAUGAAACCAAAAUAGUAGAAGAAAAGAGUUUUAGUUUUAGUUGACUAAAUAAGAGCAAUCACUAGACUAAAUAAGAGCAAUCACUAGCUAGAAAGCUGUUCUUUCUUCUUCUGCUUCUGUCAUCUCCUUCUUUCUUCUUAUUUAGUCAAUCAAAAAGAAAACAAACAUGCAGAGAAGAAGAAACAAUGAGUUGAUAAAUUACAUUUUAAUGGUGAUUUAAAGAAAAGUUUAUACUUCUUUUACGUCUUCUUUGUGUUCUAAGUGAUAACAGUAAGGGAGACGGAUUGAGAACAAAGAGCUAAGCUUUUUUACAGUUUUGCUUGCCCUUCUUUCUCUUUCUUUCUCUCAGAGAAAAACCCCCCAAGUUUUGUGAGUUACAUUUUGGGGUUCAGGGUUCAUUUUGGAGGAGUGGGUGAGGGAGUGAGUGAGAGUGAUUUAAGGAGGAGUGUGGUGGGGAGAGAGAUUUUGGGAGGAGAGAUUUGAGGAGAAAAGAUAGGAGGAGAGUGUGUGUUAGGAAAAUUUGAUGAGUAGUUUUGGGGGUUUCUUUGAUAACAGUUCUACUACUACUGCUACUACAACUACUACUGGUGGUGGUGGUGGUGGAGGAGGAGGAGUAAGGGUAGUGUCUGAUAUACCAUUAAACAAUAUGCCUACUGGUGUCAUUUCUCAGUCAAGAGUUGUAAAUCAUAAUCACCAUCAUCAUCAUCCUUAUCAUAAACCUGCUGCUGUCUUCAAGUCUCCUGGACUUUCUCUUGCUCUUCAAACUAACAAUAUGGAUGGACAUGGAGGAGGAGGAGAUAGGUUUGGGGAAAAUCUAGAUGGUGGAAGUGGUUUAUUAGGUGGUGGUGCAAGAUUAUUAGGUGGUAGAGAAUUAGAUGAAUAUGAAAGUAGAUCUGGUAGUGACAAUAUGGAUGGUGCUAAUUCUGAUGAUCAAGAUACUGAUAAGCCUCCUCGUAAGAAACGUUAUCAUCGACAUACUCCACAGCAGAUACAAGAGCUUGAAGCAUUGUUUAAAGAAUGUCCUCACCCAGAUGAGAAACAAAGAAAUGAACUCAGUAGAAGACUAGUAUUGGAGGCUAGACAAGUCAAGUUCUGGUUUCAGAAUCGCCGUACUCAGAUGAAGACUCAAAUCGAACGCCAUGAGAAUUCGAUUCUUCGACAAGAGAAUGAUAAACUUAGAGCAGAAAACAUGAAUGUGAGGGAAGCUAUGAGAAACCCAAUGUGCAACAACUGUGGAGGUGCAGCGGUGCUAGGAGAUGUCUCAUUAGAGGAACAACAUCUCAGGGUUGAAAAUGCUCGUCUCAAGGAAGAGUUAGACCGAGUUUGUGCACUUGCCGGUAAAUUCUUAGGAAGGCCUGUUUCUUCUAUUGGUGAUCCAUUGCCUCCUUCAAUGCAAAUAAGUGCAGGAUUAGACCUUGCUGUUGGGAUUAAUGGUGGAUUUGGUGGUAUGAGUGGUGUAAAUCCAAACCUUCUUAUGGGAAAUAAUAAUAAUCAAUUCCGUGGAAGUGGUGGUUCGGGUGGGAUGCCAGCCAUGUCGAUGGUGCCUCAUCAACAACAAUCUAUUUCGUCCGGGGUUGAUAGAUCAGUUGAGAAUUCUAUGUAUUUGGAUCUUGCAAUGGCUGCAAUGGAAGAACUGGUUCGAAUGGCACAGACUAAUGAACCUCUAUGGAUCCCAUCAAGUUUUGAAGGAGGUAAAGAAACAUUUAACCGCGACGAGUACACGAGGAUGUUUGCUCCUUGCAUUGGAUCAAAACCUAAUGGAUUUGUCACUGAAGCAACUAGAGAAACUGGCGUGGUUAUCGUCAACAGCGUGGCCCUUGUGGAGACAUUAAUGGAUGCGAAACGAUACGUGGAUAUGUUCCCUUGUGUGAUUGCGAGAUGUAACACCACCGAUGUGAUCUCUAGUGGUGUUGGAGGAACACGAAAUGGUGCACUUCAGCUGAUGCACGCAGAAUUUCAAGUACUUUCACCACUAGUCCCAAUUCGCGAGGUCAAUUUUCUUCGAUUCUGUAAGCAACAUGCUGAAGGAGUAUGGGCUGUGGUCGAUAUUUCUGUUGAUGCAAACCAGGAAAAUUCAGACACUUCUACGUAUUUGAGUAGAAGACUUCCUUCUGGCUGUGUGAUUCAAGAUAUGCCAAAUGGGUACUGCAAGGUUACGUGGGUUGAGCAUGCAGAGUAUGACGAGAAUUCGAUCCAUCGUAUUUAUCAGCCGCUAGUCAAUGCUGGUUUGGGUUUUGGAGCACAUAAGUGGGUUGCAACAUUACAACGUCAAUGCGAAUGCAUUGCAAUUCUUAUGUCUAAUAUGCCAAUCCGAGAUCAUACUGGAAUCACGCAAAGUGGCCGUAAGAGUAUGUUGAAGCUUGCACAACGAAUGACUCAGAAUUUCUGUGCUGGAGUUUGCCCAUCCAGUGUGCACAAAUGGAACAGACUUUCCGCAGGGAAUGUUGAUGCCGAUGUUAGAGUUAUGACCAGAAAGAGCAUUGAUGAUCCAGGUGAACCACCAGGUGUUGUUUUGAGUGCUGCAACAUCAGUUUGGCUUCCUAUUUCGCCACAGAAACUCUUCGAUUUCUUACGAGAUGAACGUUUACGGAGCGAAUGGGAUAUACUAUCCAACGGUGGGCCAAUGCAACAAAUGUCUCACAUUAAUAAGGGCCAAGAUCCUGGCAACUGCGUCUCUCUUCUUCGUGCUGGCGCCAUGAAUGCUAGCCAGAGUAGCAUGUUAAUAUUGCAAGAGACGUGCAUAGAUGCAUCAGGUUCACUUGUGGUGUAUGCACCAGUUGAUAUACCAGCAAUGCAUGUCGUGAUGAGUGGUGGCGACUCAGCUUAUGUGGCGUUGCUUCCUUCUGGAUUUUCUAUCGUACCUGAUGGUGGACCUAAUCGUCAGUCCAUUUCAAACUGUGCUGAUCCCCCAAACAGCAACAACAAUGACGGCAGCAAUGGCGGUGAAGAUGGCGGUGGUUCUAGCUCGCAGCAGUUGACUAGUGAUGCUGCUGGUCCCGGUGCCAGUGGUUCGUUAUUAACAGUAGCUUUUCAGAUUUUGGUCAACAGUUUGCCAACAGCUAAACUUACUGUGGAGUCGGUGGAGACGGUGAAUAAUCUUAUUUCUUGCACGGUCCAGAAGAUCAAGGCAGCUCUGAAUUGCGAAAACUAGGUCUACAAAAACUAAACCUUUUUUUUUUUUUUGGGUUAUUUUGCUCUUUUUUUUCUUUUCUUCCGAAGUGAGAAAAGAAGAAGAAUAGAGAUAUAUAUAUUAGGAAAAUGAGAACUUCGGAUAGAAUCGGGCCGAGUCAAGAACGCACCAAAGUCCUUAGCGGUUCUGCGAACCAAUUUUGUUAGGGAGGUGGUUCGGGCUUUGACUUGCGACCCGUUAAAAUUGUCUUUGAGAAUAUACAUUGACCGAAGUGUGGUCUCUCUAUAAGAAAAGAAAGAAAAAUCCUGUCAUAGAAAAAGAACCACCACCAGACUUGCUCUUGUAAUGGUUCUUAAUGUAAUGUUGUUUAAUUUUUUGGAUUUUGGAUAUUAGUUUCCAUCUAAUUUAAUCUAGAAACUUUUAAUUA